UGUGACAUAACUAUUGGGAGGAGAGGGAGAUUCUAGGUGGGGUGGUGGGACAGAGUGAAUGUGUGUAAAAGUGCUUUCUCCUAUCUUCCAUGAUAGGAAGUUGACAGAUAAUAUUCCAAAUUGGAAAAGCAGCAUACAUGUAUUAUAAGAAUGUUACUUAGAAAUAUGAAGGUAAAUAUUUUUCUUCUAAAACCACCUCAAGAGUUGAAAGUAUUAGCAUUUAGGGAGCGAAGGAGGGGCUAUUUUUUGUUAGAGGCUUUAUAGUACAUUGGACUGUCAAAUUAUGUAAAUGUAUUACUUUAAAAUUCCUUUUUAAUUCUUUUUAAGGAGAUAAAACUAAUUUCAGUCACUAGCAUAGAACCCUGGGUUCCCAGAGACCCUAAAGAGUACAGGACUGGCAAAUGGACACCAGUGGGGUGGAGGUCAAUCUUUGUUUUGAGAACUGGGCUAUAAGUUUGUCUCGAAUGAACAGAGACCUGGGUGCCAAGCCCAGGAGGCGGAAUGGGAGAGGGGACCGUUGUUCUCAGACAUGAGCUCUUCCUGACAACGCAUGCAGGCUAUUCCUGGAGGUGUUGAGAUGUAAAUGAAAAUGGCCUGGGGGAGUCACAUGGGAGCUGUUUGUAGUGAAGGCACCAGAAGGUGGGUGGGUCUCCCUUCCUCCUUGCAGACUGGGAGGCGUGGGGUUGAUGCCCAGUGAAAGUGAUCUGGCUCCCAUUUCCUUAGUGAGAACAGCCAGCAGAUGGGUGUCUGGUAACCCAAAGCCUCUACUGAACAGGCCCAAGUCAAUUGCUCCCCCUGGCCCGGGGCUGGGGCUGACUCAGGUUUCAGCCACAGGCCCCUGGGGGCUAAUGUCCGAAAUCGAGGCAGAAGAUUGAACCUGAGGCCUGGUUUUGAGGGAGGCGGGGAGACACAGAGGAUAAUCAGGAUGAGAGGAGAGCUAACGAGGAGACUGUUGAUCUGUCUGUUCCCUAGUUCAAGGGUUCACGAACCUCAGUGAUACUCAGAAAGACUCAAAGAGGCAUUUUUGAAAGAUAUAUUUCCAGGCCUCACAUCACACCUGCUGAACAGAACCUCCGGGGGUAAGGCCCAGGAUUUUGAUGCACACAUGCAUUCUUCUCACCACCCCUGGGAGCCCACGUGCAAGCUGGUUCCAGACCACUCCUGCCCAUGACUCCAAGGCAGUCCUCGCUCUAUUUGAGCUGUUUCUCUUCUUCUUUACUAGCUGUUCAGAUGCAAAAGAAACUCUCCAAAACCCAGGGGGGUGGGGGGAAAUCUGCUUUUUGCAGGGGUUUGACAGCAUCUGUCAGUUAUGAAUUUGUGCUGUAGGAGAAGCAGGUGCUUCCUGGGAGGCGCAGGAGCAAAGCUCUCCUUUAGACUGUUGCCAUUUUUAUUCCAAUCAUUCAUCUUCAGUGAGAACCUCUGAAAGGCAACUGAGAGGUUCCAAGACAAAUAUUUCUUUCCCCUUUGACAGCCUCCAAGGUCUGAUUAGCGCUUGGCACCAAGAGGGGGAAACAAAGAUGGUACCUGAAUGGGCUAAAUUCAGUUCUGGAAGAUGUGAGCUCUGCUUUUGGAACCCGUGUCUUCUCCUCACCCAGAUCACACAGUCCUGGGGUAAUAUGAGGAGAACACUGAGAGCAAAGAGCCAAAAAUGGGAAUGGUGGCUGGAUUUAUUUUUUUAUCUGAGCCACCAGAUGCUGUGUUCAGGCUCUUGAAUCCCCAUUGGAUUCUAGUGUUUGUGGUCACAAAGCCCUCCCCAUCAAGGCCAUCCUAAUCCAAAAUCUAAAACAGAUUUUCUAUGGUGAAGAAGAUAAAUGGUAAAUGUAGAAAUUCAGGGUCAGCUGAACCUUAUCUUUAUAAACUGCACCAAGUUAUAAACUUCUUGAGGGUGGAAACCAUGUCUUUCUUGCUCACAACUGCAGCCUGAGGGACCAGCAUCACCUGGCAUAGAAAAGGUGCUUGAGAAAUGCCAAGUUCAGCAAUGAGUGGAAGGUCUGCAGCCACAGGCCAGGGUGCCAGGUGGGCUUGGUAGAACCACAUGAAAGUCCUCUCCACCUGGAAAGGUCUUCCUCUGGUCUUUCUCUUCAUUCCAACCUCAGCUCCAUGACCCCUCCUCAGAAAUGGUCCCUGAACACCCUAUCUGAAGUUGGCCUUUCCAUUACAUCUCUACCCCAUGACCCUAUUUAGUUCUCUAAUAACAAACGUCACGAUCUCCAACUCUCUGAUUCCCUAACUCGUUUAUUAUUCUUAUUUGAUUACCUGCUUCCUACACCAUAAUAUCAGCACGGCUGAACUCUCCACCCACAGCACCUGGAACAGGUUCUUGGCCCAGUAGGCAGGCACUCCAUGAAGUCGUGUCAAAUGAACAAAGCAGCAUUAGAUUAUGAGAACAAGAGAGACACUUUUCUCCGUUCUACGACACACGUUUUAUUGAUUCUGGACCUGCGCUGCAUCUUACAACCGAUGUUGGGGGGCGCGGCCAAGGUUAGCAAACUGACAACCAGACACAGGUGUGGCUGUGGCUGCUGUUAUGCGUGCCGCUGCCUUUUCCUCAUUAGCGCAGGCCCCACUCUGCCUCUCACCUGGCCGGCGCACCUGAACCCACUGAGGAUGGAGCGAGAUGGCAAAAUGGCUGCACCGUUGCGGCAUCCCUUCCUCUGUCCCUCGGGGUCUAGGAGUGGCUCACUCAGCAUCCGGACACUGAUCCCGUCAACUUGCUGAAGCUCAGGCCCUCCCAGGAUGCAAGUGGUCAUAAAAAGAGACAAAGCUAGGUCUCAAGGCUUGAUUGGAUUCAGGUUAAAUAUUUUUGACAAGAAUACUUCAGAGAUGUUGUGGACUUCGUGUUGCAUCAUAUCAGGAGAACAUGCUGUCAGACUGCCACACUCUUACUGAUGUUAAGUUUGAUUACUUGGCUAAGCCAGAUCUGCCAGUGAGCCUCAGGCUUUGGGAACUGAAGAGUGUGUCUGAAAAACCCACCCAGCAUUCCAAUGGCCAGCAACAACACCGCCAGCAUAGCUCAAGCCAGGAAACUGGUAGAACAGCUGAAGAUGGAAGCCAACAUCGAUAGGAUAAAGGUGUCCAAGGCAGCUGCAGACUUGAUGGCCUACUGUGAAGCGCAUGCCAAGGAAGAUCCCCUCCUGACGCCUGUUCCGGCUUCAGAGAACCCAUUUAGGGAGAAGAAGUUUUUCUGUGCUAUCCUUUAAGUCUUCAAGAGGAGCCUAAGGAGCCUCGGGGCUCCAGGGACACUGAUGUAGAGUUUUUAGCAAAGUGGGCGCCUUUCUAGUCCACAGCAUUUAAAGAGAGGGAGGAGAACCAUCCUGGAGACUCCAGGCUAUGCAUGUUUAAAGAACUGGUCCCCUUUAUGAGAAUGAGAGCUGAUCCACACCCCGAGUUAAGAGAUCUGAUGUCUGCAGAAUUGUCUGGAGGAGGGGAGUAUGUAAAGAUAAAAUCGGUGUCAUUUCUUUCCUGCUAUCCCUCCCAAACCUUAUGUUUCUGCUUCAUAUUUAAAAAAUAAAACAGACA